AUGGCGCAUGACACGGGUGAUUUCUGCGUCAUGAAGGAAGAGGACGCGGGCGCCAUCUUGGUAUACCGCAAGGGGGACAUUGGUUGUGGUGAUGCCGAUCAAUCGGUCAAACCGGGAAAGGAUGGAAUGCAUCCGACGGAUGUAGCAACGGAGUGGGGACUUUUCACUGCGAAUAAAAAGUUUUUCUUCCCCAUGGUUACCGUUCUUCUGAUGGGAGAAACGCGUUUUUAUGCGCCAAACAAGGUCUGGAUUCUGAAGGAAAUCGGAAAUGGAUACUUUGCGUUUAAACUUGUCGAAACAGGUAACAUCUUCGACACAAAAUGCAAUGGAAAUGCCGUCAAAGGUUGCUUGGUCGCCAAUAUUUUUGUUGGCGGAAGUUUGGGCAUACUCGGACAGGCGGUGGCCAUCGAGGAGGCCGAUACUGUUCCAGUCUUCACAUGUUUUCCAGAGACCGUCUCGGUGGGCUUUGGUGUCGAUAUUGCGGUGCUCGAGGUGUUGUUGCAUGUCGAGGGUGUAGGGCUCAAGUUUAUUGGGAACGUUUUCAUGGCGCUCCACUUCAGCAAUGGUGGCAUGAAUAUCGGGUGA